CGGCUGAUCCAGCCCCUUCCUGUGCCCCGGCUACCAUCCGGGCGGCAGCCCUCGCUCGGCGACUCGGGCCAGCUUCCCAGCCCGCGGGCAGCGGGUUUCAUGAGCCGGGGCCACCAGGGGGCUCUGGAGGCUGCUCGGGGACGGAGGCUGGGCUCGCUGCCUCCCGCGCUGCGCGGGGUCGGUGCUUCCCGGGUCAGACGCUGCAGCUGCCGCCUCCAUUGUCUGGGAGCCGGGAGCGGGACCGAGCAGCGGCUGCAGCGGGGUCUGUGCCCUGCAUUAACCCCGCUCCGUGCCCAGCCCCUGGGGCAGCCCCGGGCUCUUCUCGCCCCAGCUCCCGAACCGGAGCCUGCAGGGGAUGCAGAGACCCGGGGGACGGCGCUGGGGCCGGGAGGGGAAACAGCGCUGGGAGAUCUCUGGGGUCCUGGAGAAAAGCUCCAGCCAGGGGCACAGGGAGCUGGGUCCCCGCUGUCUGUCCCCCUCGGGCAGGUCUCUGGGUCUGUCCCUAGGCUGGGCCUGAGCCGGACCCACCUCGCAGGGGCUAGGGGGUGAAUGGAGUGAAGCCCUUUGAGAGCCCCCGAGGGAAAGCCCUAGAGAAGGGCAGGGCUGUGGCGGGGUGUUGGGUUAGUUGGUUUCCCACAGAAAAGGGGCACUGCCCCAAACCCAGCAGUGAAAGGGGUAAAACAGUGACACGUGCCUAUAAAUUAGCCCCCGAAUGUGCCCCCAGCCAGAGCAGUGUUCCGGGUGCACACGGAUGCCCUUUGCACACUCAGGGGGGAGAGGAGUGACUGGAAAAUAACGGUGGGUGCAGAACUGUGGGUGUAAAUUCAAAGGCUGAUCCUGGCUCAAGCGAGUAAUAAAGUGACCAAGUGUUUGCCAAGCCUGGCAGAGUCUAGAUCCUCUGUCUGCAGGGAAAGAGGCUGGGGGUGGGGGGUGGUAUUGGGGUGUGAAAUGAACCAAAGCCCCUUCUGAGACCUCCCCAAUUGCCCAUCUCGCCCUGACAGGCUGCAGAAUAACGUCCGUGUUUUGAUCCAGAUCGCCCCAUCCUCCCAGGGGACAGGGCAAGGAAAUGGCUGAAGUGGAACAAGCUCAGGGGCCGGUGACCUUCGAGGAGGUGGCUGUGUAUUUCACGGAGGAGGAGUGGGCUCUGCUGGACCCACAUCAGAGAAAUUUCUACAUGGAUGUGAUGCAGGAGAAUUAUGAGAAUGUGACCUCUCUGGGAUUUCCCAUUCUCAAACCUGAGGUGAUCUCCCAGCUGGAACAAGGGGAAGAACUGUGGGUCACAGAGCUACAGGGCUGUGUGGAAAGGGAGAUCCCGAGAAACCCCAGCCCAGCAGGUGAUGGGUUGGUGGGUGAGAAUGAGGAGAAGAAUCCUGAACAGAAAGAUCCUGAGCAAGUAGAAUCACAGGGGACCUUACUGGGAAUAUCUGACGGUGAUGUUUCCCAGGGUCUGGUGCAGGGGGAUACCUGUGAGGGUCAGCCCAGACCAGAGAGGCUGCAGGGAGACCACCAAGGGGAGAGAGAGAAUAAAUCCACUCUCCGAGAUGGAAGUUUGAAUAACCUGAAUGAAACUGUGAUCCGCCCAAGGAUCUGCACUGAAGAGAAACCACAUGAAGAUGCUGGAUGCAGAAAAAAUUGCAGUGAGAGUCCACACCUGAUUGUACAUCGAAGAAUCCACAAGGGAGAGAAAAUCUAUAAAUGCCUCCAGUGUGGGAAAAGCUUCAGUCGUAGCUCAAACCUCAUUGCACAUCAGAGAGUCCAUACAGGAGAGAGACCCUAUAAAUGCUCCGAGUGCGGGAAAAGCUUCAGCCGCAGCUCAAACCUCAUUGCACAUCAGAGCGUCCAUACGGGAGAGAGACCCUAUAAAUGCCCCGAGUGUGGGAAAAGCUUCAGCCGCAGCUCAAAUCUCAUUGUACAUCAGAGUGUCCAUACGGGAGAGAAACCCUAUAAAUGCCCCGAGUGUGGGAAAAGUUUCAGUUGUAGCUCACAUCUUAUUGCACAUCAGAGAGUCCAUACAGGAGAGAGACCCUAUAAAUGCCUCGACUGUGGGACAAGCUUCAGUUGUAGCUCACAUCUCAUUGCACAUGAGAGAAUCCAUACCGGGGAGAGACCCUAUAAAUGUCUUGACUGUGGGAAAAGCUUCAGUUGUAGCUCACACCUCAUUGCACAUCUGAAUGUCCAUACAGGACAGAGACCCUAUAGAUGCCUCAACUGUGGGAAGAGCUUCAGUGGUAGCUCAAACCUCAUUGCACAUCAGAGAGUCCAUACUGGAGAGAGACCCUAUAAAUGCCCCGAGUGUGGGAAAAGCUUCAGUCGUAGCUCACAUCUCAUUACACAUCAGAAAGUGCACAUGGGAGAGAGACCCUAUAGUUGCCAUGACUGUGGGUAAAGCUUCAGUUACAGCUCAGUCCCUAUUAAACAUCAGAGAACUGACACUCUAGGGAGAUCUUAUGUGUGUUCUGUCUGUAGGAAAAGCUACAAGGCAAAGGUUCUCAAAUAUCCCACCAGACACUGCACACAGGAUAGAAGGUGGUGGGAGCUCUCACUGGGGGCAAAUGGGUCUGUGUCCUCCUGCAGCAAAGUGUAAAUGUGGAGGGUCUGGAUAGGAGUAGAAGGCAAGUGGAUUAUUUGGGUUUCAGUGGGGGACGGUUGGUGUUGGCCAGGGAGGAGGGAACUUUUGGUACUGAGGUGCUGUUCGUUUCAUGGUCAGGGGGGAACAGGUAAUGGGAUGAGUUGAGUGACAUUUCUGUGGGUUCCACACACACUUCACAGUACAGAGAAGAGGUAGAAAUCCCUGGUCACAGUUUGUGUCUGACUCAUCUCUGUCCCUUGGGAUGGAGGUAGGGGGACGUUAUUCAAGGAAGCAGUGAAGGGGGCCUGUGGGUCUGUAGUUAUAAAGCAGUUAGAGCUGCUGGUCUAAAGUGACAGGAUUUCAGAGCAGGGCUCAGUGUAUUGGCUAUCUUUGCAGACAGUGAGAUGGGUUGGAGAUUGGGGAAUUCAUGGGGAGUUUCCUGAGGAGGUGAGACCUUUGGGAUAUUGCAUUGUUGCUGUGCAGGCAGUAUGGUGUAAUAGCGAAAGCAGGGAGAUUAGGAAUCAGGACUCCUGGCUUCUGUUCUCCACUCUGAGUGGGGAGUAGGGUCUAAUUACUCCUGGGAGAAUUCUGCACCAAAAAAUUAAAUGCCAAAAAAAUAAAAAUUCUGUGCACAAUAUUUUAAAAUUCUGCAAAUUUUAUUGGUCCAAAUAAAACUACAUAAUCAUGCUAGUUUCAAUUAUUUUAGUAAUUUAUUUCAAAAUAUCUGUCAGCAAGUAUGUAGACAUACACAAAAAUUCCCCCAGGACUAAAGAGUUAAAGAAACCGCUACGACAACCCAGUUCCUGUUUCUCUGCCCCCUCCAUCCCCCCAGCCGGCGGGCCAGACACCCACAACCUCUCCCCUCCAGAGCCCAGAUGUGCCUCUCCAGCCAAUAUACAUGACCCCACCACCACCUCAGAGCUCAGUUGCGGGCCCUCCCCAGCCCCCCAGAACCCAGCCAUACGGUCCCCCUGGCCCAGAUACCUGCAUCCCUCCCCCUCCAGAGCCAAGCCGUGCCCCCCCAGCCCAGGCACUGGCCCCCUUCCCCCCCUCACAAAGCCCAGGGAUAAGCCUGAUUCUGGGUCCCAGGCUUGUGCACUCCACUGCUUCCUCCCCUCAGGGCAUGCUGGGAAUUGCAGCUGCCAGGAACCCUCCAGCUCCCUCCUCCCUCUGCUCAGCAGUGUCGUCUCGGCUCUACUGGAUCCAGCAGCCCCUAGUGGCGACCAGCAGCUCUGCAGCCCAUUUCUGUGGGGGAAAGGAAAUUCUGCGUGCACAUUAAUUUCUGCAAAAUUCUGCAUUGUGCAAUAGCGCAGAAUUCCCCCAGGAGUGAGUCUACUGGGUUAGAGUAGGAAGGACAGCUAUGAAUCUGCAGUCCUGCAUUCCAUUCCCAGCUCUGUUAAUGGUUACCUUUGUGACCUUCUACCAGCAGCCCUUCUCCUUUCCUGGCUUUCCCUGGUGGGAGACUGUUUUAGUGAGCCAAAGGGAAAGUUUUAGCUGGAUUCCUUUGUCCCGGUCUGCUGGCAGAGGCUCUGUUCACGUUGUCACACGCUGGGGUUAUUCCUGAAGGAACUGCCCUGGGAGGAUUUUUCUCCAUUUUCUGGAUGGUCAGGGAGACGAGAGGGUCUUGGGUUUCUGGAAAUGUGGGUUCCGGGAAAGUCUUUUUCUUGUUGACAUUUUUACCUCUGUUGGUUUCUGGUUUUUCAAAGAAAUGCUAAUAAAAUGUUGGCUGUGAUUCUCCCAUCA